AAAAUAAUUGUAAACCCCGUGUUCGUGUCAAUUUUUCGGUUUUCGCGUAAUUAUUUAAUUUAUUUAUUUUUACAGUAACAUAACCAAUGUUUAUUUUUAUAAAGGUAUUCGUUUAUAGUUAGAUUUCUCUAAUAAAAUUUAUUGAGAACCAAGUGGUAUGUGAAUAAAAAAUGCAAUUGUUAAACAGAAAUCUAGCAUAAUCAUCUAAGGUGGAUGAAAUUAUAUGGGCUUUAGAGCGAUCAAUUGCAGCAGCGCUUGAUAUCAAAACACAAUAAUAGUGGCAAAAUAAGGGGGUUCCAAACUCUUGCGUGAGUAAUUUUGUCGUAUAAUUGAGGAGUUCGCGGCACAAGUGCAAUGUUUACUAAGCUUCUGCAGUGUACCUGCGAUCUUCAUACUGCAGACAAGAGUAAAAAAAGUCAUGGAGCGUCGUGUUAAGCUUAAGACUAUAAACCCGCACAUAACGUGCAAGAUUUGCGGGGGUUACUUUAUUGACGCUACAACUGUAACUGAGUGUCUACAUACAUUUUGUAAAAGUUGUUUGGUUAAACAUUUGGAAGAAAAGAAAACCUGCCCCACCUGUGACAAUGUCAUCCAUCAGUCACAUCCACUACAGUACAUCAGCUUUGAUCGAACCAUGCAGGAUAUCGUUUAUAAGCUAGUACCCAAUCUUCAAGAAGAUGAAAUGAGGCGAGAACGAGAUUUUUACAAGAGUCGUAAUAUACCCUGCCCCAAGGAUAUGCCGCAAAAUCAUGAGGACGAUGAAAAAAUGUUGGAAGCACAUGCAGAGUCCGAUUUCCAUCGCCUCGACGAGCAGGUGAACGUGAGCCUCGAGUGUAUGAGCAAUAAUUUUAAAAAUUUGCAACGCCGUUUUAUUCGCUGCAGUUCGCAGGCGACCAUAACUCAUUUAAAAAAAUUGGUUGCGAAAAAAAUUUUAAACGGUAUUGACAAGUACCGAGAGAUCGACAUACUGUGCAAUGAGGAAUUGUUAGGCAAAGACCAUACACUGAAGUUCGUUUAUGUGACACGUUGGCGUUUUAGGGAUCCGCCACUACGCUUACAAUUCCGACCGCGUGUUGACCUGGUGUGAAAGCGUGUCCGAAACCGUGAAGCAGGAAGUCGAGGGAGAAAUGAUGUAAAGUGAAAUCAAAAAAAAAAAAAACAAAAAAAAAACAUUAAGCUUAGGAAAACAGAAACGCUAGUUUUGUAGUAUGUUUAAAAAUCGAAAUGAAAUCUCUCGGUAAGA